CAGCGCGUGCUGUUCAUCUUCAGUAGAGCUCGAGUGUAGUGAAUCAUACUGACGGACUCAUCUAACUCGAUGGAUUACGAACUCGUAAUUAUUUAGUUAACAAUAACAUUACUGAUCUUUAUACCACACUGAUCACUUUUCAGCGUCAUAUUCUGAUGAGCUACUACUACUUAACAAAUGACAUACGAACUGUUUCGUUACAUCGCUACAAGUGCCAUGAUUUGUGCAUUUAAUAUUUACAACGCCAAAUAGAUUCGGAGUUAUUUUUUAACCUGCUUUCGAUGCUUGAAACUCCUUUUAAAACAAUGGACUUGGCAUGCUGUAAAGUCCUACUUAUCAUGACUCUCCUGAGCGUUUUACAGGUUCGUAGUAACACGGUUUCGCCAUCCAAACAUCCAGGCCUGGAGGUGUUGGCGACCGCUUCACACUACUGGCCUCUGGAUUCAGUGGCGGGGAUCUAUGGUCUAUCAGACCAAAUUGGGAACAGAACAGGUCAUGUUAAUGGGACUAACAUAAAUAUCGUAGAAGGAAUGGUUAAUAAAGGCAUCUAUCUGAACGGGGAUAAUGGGGCCACCUUUCUUCACUUUGGCAACUAUAAGGAUUCGUGUAUUAGUGAUCCUGCACUGUGUGGACCUGAAGGAAUCACUUUCUCCUUCUUCUGGAAAAACCACGAGGUAGAGUCUCGCUUUGCCAUCGCAUCCGGUGGUAAAGUUGUGUCAAGCGGUUUCUCCGUCUAUUCCAAUCCUCAUGGAGGAUAUGUGGAGUUUUACACAAGAGGAGACUCCAGGACAUGGAAAGCACAUAUCAAACUCCCAGGGCCCUACUGGACACACGUGCUCUUCACCUGGACCCAAACGGACGGCUUGAUGGUGUACAUUAAUGGGACCUUCAGCAUAGGAGACCCCACAGGAAAUGUUUCUUAUAAUUACGGCGACCCCUACGCCGACCUGGUCAUCGGCACAGGAAAUACUGGAAGUUACGGGCACUACGCAACAGGUGCUUUCGAUGAGUUUGUGAUUUGGGAGAGGGCGCUGUCUCCUCUGGACAUCCGGCUUUACUACAAAGCCGCCAUUGGAGAGAAAGUGAUGUCCACCUUCCCGACCGAUGCCUCCAUCAAAGUCAGUACUGGAACAGAUUCUAUGAGAACCACUGAAAGGUCUCAUCCUGUCUCCACAAAGCUGGUAGACAAAGUUCACGACCCCAUGCAACUGGACGCAUCAGAUUUUCUACAGUCUCUGUCUUUUAAUCUACCAAACAAGACAAUACAUCAAGAUAUAGCCAACAAUCUCACACAGUCUUUACUAAGGAGCGUGGAUGAGGUCAUAACCUCUUCAGAUUGGAAAGAAAACGAUGAGCAGUGGAGUCCAGUGGUGAGCGGGCUGGUGGAGACAGUGGAUAAAGUGAUGGAGCACAUGGCGUCCAGACUUAAGUCCAGCGGAGACUCUGUGGCCCCUCUGUCUAUCGGCGGCAUGAGCUCUGUAGCAGAUUAUUCCCUGAUGAAAAUCCCUCAGAACUACAAUAUGCCCAACUACCGGUUCCCCACACAAGGGAAGAGUUACAUCUCAGUUCCAGGAGUGGCUCUCUCAAUGCAAUCUCAGACCACAAUCGUGGGCCUUUUCUACCACAAGAUGCACAACUACUACAAUAAGAUCAGCCCUCUUCAAACAAGCAUUAAUGAAGCAGUGGAUUUUAAAGAUUAUAAAAUCCAAAUGGCCAGUCACCUUAUCUCUCUGAAGGUGGAGCCGUCUCCAGCGCUGUCCCUCAACCUUUCUGCUGAGCCUCUCAUCAGGAUCGUCCUCACGCACCAGCUGAGUAAAGAACAGCAGCUUCAGGCCUUAAACCAAAGCAAUAAAGUGUUCCUCUACUGCGCCUUCCUAGAUUACAGCUCCAAAGAGGGUGUGUGGUCCAAUGAGGGAUGUGUGAGAGCUGAUGGAAACCUGUCCUUCUCUGUCUGCUUGUGUAACCAUCUGACCAACUUCGCCAUUCUCAUGCAGGUGGUUCCUUUGGAGCUCUCGAAGGCCCACGAGGUGGCGCUGUCAGCCAUUAGCUACAUCGGCUGCUCUAUCUCCAUUUUCUGCCUGGCGAUUACGCUGGUCACCUUUGCCGUGCUGUCAUCUGUUAGUACCAUCCGUAACCAGAGGUACCACAUUCAUGCCAACCUGGCGUUUGCCAUCCUCGUCGCUCAGAUCCUCCUGCUCAUCAGUUUCCGCUUCAGUCCCGGAACGCUUCCGUGUAAGAUCAUGGCCGUGUUGCUGCAUUUCUUCUUCCUGUGUGCGUUCGCCUGGAUGCUGGUGGAAGGACUUCAUCUCUACAGCAUGGUGGUCAAAGUGUUCGGCUCGGAGGGCAGCAAGCACUUCUAUUACUAUGCCAUUGGAUGGGGAUCCCCGUUGGUCAUAUGUGUGGUGUCUAUGACCUCAUCACUGAGCAGCUAUGGGGAGACUGGCAAUUGCUGGCUUUCUCUUAAGAAUGGGGCAAUUUGGGCUUUUGUAGCUCCUGCUUUGUUUGUCAUAAUGGUCAACAUUGGCAUCCUGAUAGCCGUGACAAGGAUCAUAUCGAGGAUCAGUGCUGAGAAUUAUAAGGUCCACAGAGACGCCAACUCUGUGAAGCUUACGACCAAAGCCGUGGCAGUACUCCUGCCCAUCUUGGGCAUAUCGUGGAUCUUUGGCGUUCUUGCAGUAAACGACCACUCCCUGCUUUUCCAGUACCUGUUUGCAGUCUUCAACUCACUACAGGGCUUCUUCAUAUUCCUGUUUCACUGUCUGUUAAACUCUGAGGUGAGAGCUGCUUUCAAACACAAAACCAAAGUGUGGACAUUAACCAGCAGCUCUAUCCGCAACAUUAACGUCAAACCAUUCAACUCAGAUGUCAUGAAUGGCAACAAGGGAGGUGUUACUCCCACAAAGAUGAACACAUGGGAUAAAAGCACCAACUCAGCCAACCGCAUAGAUUUGUCAGCGGUAUAAAAACGACGGGUCUUCAUUUGCUUGAUCCAAAGACAGCAAAAGACAACAGAGUAAAGCAACGUUUCCUUGCUGACAGAUGCUGUUAUUAUGACCCUAUAUAAUCAGAAAAAUCGAGUCCCGAGAAGAAUGAAGCUGAACAUAGCUAACAACAGAACUGAACUCACGACGCAAAGUUCUCUGAUGUCAUUUCCUCCUGCUGAUCAUUUCUCUUAAGGUACAAACGAUGGAUGGACACAAGGCCCGUUUUGGAACAAUAAUGGGGUCUGUCGAGGAACCAGAAUUAGUGAACAUUAGUAUAAAACGUACUAGACAGUGUACUAACUCUCAAGGAAUAGAGUCUUAUAAGACAAAUGCUUUUUUAGACAACAUACCUGACGUUUGGUCCAUUUUUUUUUAAGAAAGUGCCAGUUCCGGUUUGGAAUCUUCAACUUUAACAAGAAAAAUAUGCUUUUUAUCUGACACUAUAGUUGCUUUUGUUUUUUAUUAUUUUCUAAAAGUCAAGCGCUGUUUCCAUGUUUAAUACAACUGAACAUGUUUGUUUUAAUCCUAUAUUGUAAAUAACUAAAGCCCUACAGCCAGUAUGCCACAUCCACAGAGUAACAGUGCAUGUAAAUAUGCCAUCAUAGUCAUAUUUAAUGUGUGACCAUAUGUAUAUUUUAAAUGAAUGUUUUCAUCAUGUUUCAGCAAGACUUUGAUACUGCAAGAUUGACAUUCUUAUGCUGUAUCAGAAUACUGUAUAAACUCUAUUUGUUGGACUUUAUGGCUUUAUCAGCUAUUGUUUGUAGAAUCAGACCUAGUGCUAAUUUUAGAGAAAAUUCUGCAGAAUUUCAUGAAAUGGAUUUAGUGGGGACUCAAGAGUGCUGCACUCUAAUUGGUAGCUGAAUGCGUUAUUAAAUUAUCCAAAAAUAGUGAGGAAAAAAAAAACAAGAGGGGAAUGAUGUGUGAAACGGGGCGUUCCAAUUCUUUGGGUGUCCCCAGCAGAUCAAGUCAUCACGAAAAGACAGGGUGAAAUUUUUCAUCCAAAUACAGUUUUUGUCCAGUUAUUUAAUAUGUUGUGUUUAUGCAGUUUAUCGGGUGAUUUUAUGUGCGUUUAACCCACUUUUGUCAUUUUUAAUUGCUGACGUUGUUGUUCUCCACUCCAUGUAUUAAUUGUAGAUUGUAGUUACACUAAAUAUGAUCGGACGUUUCGCCUAUGAAGUAUUUAUGUAUUUUCAUAUAACAUAUUCUUUAAAAAUAAUUGUAUAGUGUCAGCGUUAUCGCAUCACACAGCUUUGCAGUGUUUUCUGAUGCUUUACCACAUGAAGUGCCUUGGAUUUACAAAUUCCAGUGAAGUGUGUUGUGGUUUAUUUAUAUAAUGUGAGCUGGGUUCCUGUGAAGUUUCUAUUCUUCUGAUUCCAUUCCUUGAAUUGUAUUCUGCUCUGUUCUAUCUUUUAAGAGGUCUGUUUUAAAAAUGUAAGAUUAUUAAAAAAUAAGAUCAUUUAUUUAAGUCUAAAAACUGUACUGUGAUAUGACAUGUGAGCUGUGCAUAUCUAGUCUUAUGUUGCUACAUAAAAAAGUGGCAUUGAGUUAUGAAUACUAAUGGCCAAAGUUGCAACAUUAUUUUGGAAACGAUAACAUCUGUAUAAAACAUAGCCUAACACACAUUGAUGGGUGAUUUUUCACAGUGAGGAAAGUGACAUUGAUUAUUUUAUAACCUGUGUGUUCUGCUUCUGUGUUUGAUGUUGUGUGUCUGUAAACCAUUGUGAAUCCUUAUGGAUUUACUGUGACAGGAAGGUAUUGAAAACAGUCAUUCGGGAUAAAUGACAUAGAUCCAAAUAAGUUGUAUUGCGAUGAUGUCUUCCCAUGUAAAAUGGAAACCGAUUAGCCUAUAAAGUUUUCUAUAUGACAUUUUGAUUGUCUUGUUGUCUAUUAUAUUUUAAUAAAAAGUCUUUACUUUUGUAAUGUGUUCUGGUGUUUAAA